CGAACGGCUACAUCAGCGCCAGGGCCUCCCCAGGCCUCCUCUCCGUAUCCAACGGCAACAGCCUGGGCAAAGUGGUCCCGGCAAAGUCUCCGCCUCCGCCCAACCCACAGAUGGUAAACAGCCGCAAGCCGGACCUGAGGGUCAUCACCUCGCAGAGCGGCAAGAGCCUCAUGCAGCUGACGGAGGAAGAGCUGGAGUUGAAUGCUCAGCGGCUAGGCGGAUCCCAGGUGGCCCAGUCGCUCACCACACCGGUGGUCUCCGUGGCAACACCCAGUCUCCUAGCGCCCUUCUCCAGCAUGCAGACGGCCUACAACACUGAGUACCAGCUGACGAGUGCGGAUCUCACGGCGCUCCAGACGUUCACACCUCCGGGGCUGGUGCCUGGCAACAUGGCUGCCUGGCAACAGCAACAGCAGCCGGCGGUGUCCCAGCAGCAGCAGACGCAGCAGCUGAGCUUGGCGUCGCUCAGUAACUUGGUGUAA